CAGAAAAGUUACAAGCCCCUUAUUUUUUUCAUAAAUUUUCAGCAAGCAAUUUAAACUCGUAAAAAUCCCUAUAAUUAAGUCAGUAAAAUAGAGUACGGUUUGAUAAAUGGAUAGACAUUACAAAAGUUCAUCUGAAUUAUCUAAAAAACGAAGAUCCAGGAGUCCAAUUGAUAGAAAAGAUGAUAAAUACCAUCAAAAACAUCGUAGUAGAGAAGACUACAAAAAAAGAUCCAGAUCAUCAUCCAGUAAUUCAAGUGAAGAUGAAAGACAUCAUAAAAAGCCUACAAAUCCACCACCAGCACCGAAAAUAUCUAUGAAUUUCACUAAAUCUACAACUUUAUUGAAGCCAGCCACUGGAAUUCAGAUAAAAUUAAGUACUCCGGCUAAGCCAGCACCAUUGAUACAAAAAAGUACGAAAAUCAGCAAUGUAUUUAAUGCGGAUAGUGAGCCUGAAGAAGAAAUGCCACCUGAAGCAAAAAUGCGUAUGAGAAAUAUCGGAAAAGAUACACCGACUUCCUCAGGACCUAAUUCUUUCGGCAAGACUAAGCAGGGUUUUAUUGACACGAAGAAGCUAUUCGAAAGGAAAUUGAAGCAAAUGGCUGAUGAGAUUUCAAAUGAUUAAGAUAAGACUAUGAGCAGCAAAAGCAGUAAGUAAAUUUUACCAAAAUCGAUGAUAUGUGAAAGAAUUUUAUGUACAUGUUCUAUAUUUCCCUGUUAUAAGAAACUUUAUCUUUGAUCCAUGAAGAGUUUUGAGGCAUUUUGAAGAUGAUAAAUU